GAGGAUCACCGAUCAACAGAAAGAGCCGAAGAUGUCGGCUCGGUCAUGUGAUCAGCUGUGUCCAAUCACAGCUGAUCACAUGAGAGCCGGUAAUCGGCAUUCCUCGGAGGGGACAUGUACACUGAUCAUCAGAGCACCGGUGAUCACUGUGCCCUGAUGAUCUAUGUAGCCCCAGCAGUGCCACCUGCCAGUGUCCAUCAGUGCCAGCUGCCAGUGCUCAUCCAUGCCACCUGCCAGUGCCCAUCAGUGCCACAUUUCAGUGCCCAGCAGUGCCACAUCAAUUCCACAUAUCAGUGCCCAUCUGAGCUGCCUUUCAGUGCACCCAUCAGUGCCAGUCAGUGCCACCUAUCAAUGCCAGUCAGUGCCACCUAUCAGUGCUGCCAAUCAGUGCCACAUAUCAGUGCCAGUCAGUGCCCCCUAUCGGUGCCAGUCAGUGCUGCCUAUCAGUGUGCAAUCAGUGUCGCCUAUCAGUGCCCGUCAGUG